AUGAUGAUGACCAGCACGACCACCGACCAUGUAAAAAUGGAGCCCCCGUUUUACCAUGAGGACACCCUGAACCUGCAGGAUUUUGCCCAGAUAGGAUACGGCGAUGGCUCCCCGGGGAGCGCUCCUGGUGCCCACCGUGGCCCGAGUGGAGAGACUGCUCUAAUCAGGUACCCGUCAGAGCAUAAAGUGAUGGGGGCGAACAUCAUAAUCCAGGGCAGCAACCUGAAGAAGAAGAACAUGGCCGCAGUGGCAGCGGUGCCUCCUGUCAUCCUGGCCGGUUUCCCCGAAGUAAUCGGCCGAGGCGGCGAGGCUCUCAAACUCCUGCAGGAGGGCACCGGGCUGGGAGACCCCACCGGAGCUCCCCGGGAAGCCGUGGUGGUCACUAACCACAGCCCAGCGGUGGCAGCGGCAGAAGGAGGAGCCGUGUUGGUGGUGCCUGGGGGGAGCGGCAGCGCGACCAGUACCGGUGCGGGCAGCAGCGGCGCCUCUCCCUCGGACGCUUCUCUCCUGCCGCCUGCCGCGUCCUCUUCGGCUGCGCUAAACCUACUGAAGCUGUCCCCUCCUGAGCUGGAGCACCUCCUCAUCCAGGCCACCAGUCCGGGGCUGUCGGCCUCCUCGAGCAGCAGCAGCAGUACCCCUAGUCCCGUUCCGCCUCCACCACAAGGCGCCCCUGGUGGCCCGCCUCACCCCUUCCUGUACCGCAGCCAGCAGAUCAUCACACAGGAACAAGAAGGCUUCGCCGACGGCUUCGUCAAGGCCCUGGCCGACUUACACAAGCAGAACCAGCUCCUGGGGAGCCCGAUCUCUCCGUCGGCCCUGGCUGCCGGCUCCCCCUCUUACUCGGGCCGCUCUCUGCACCCGGCCGGGGAGGUGCCCGUCUACACCAACCUCAGCAGCUUCAACCCUGCGGCCGCCCAGCUCAGCCCUCCGCUCCCUCAGGCUCCCAGCCAGGCUGCCUACCCCGCCGCCGCCGCUUCUCCCGGGGCCUUACAGCUCCACUUCCCGGGUCUCAGUCGUCUGCACGCGGUGAGGGGAGGGCUAGACGAGCCGCAAACCGUGCCCGACGUGUCCCAGGCCGGGGCUCCAACAGGGGGUGGGGAGCCCAGCUCCCCGCCGACUCUCUCCCCCAUCGACCUGGAAACCCAGGAGCGCAUCAAAGCGGAAAGGAAGCGUCUUAGGAACCGCAUCGCAGCCUCAAAGUGUCGCAAGAGGAAGCUGGAGCGCAUCGCCAGGCUGGAGGAGAAGGUCAAGGUGCUCAAGUCCCAAAACUCUGACCUGGCCUCCACCGCCAGCCUGCUCAGGGAGCAAGUGUCGCAGCUGAAGCAUAAGGUCAUGAGCCAUGUCACCAGCGGCUGCCAGAUCUCCGUGGCCAAAGGGAGCCCGGCGGGGGGCAAGGCUGGGGACAGUCCCAGUUGCUGAGAAGCCACCCCUUCCCAAGCGUGAAGACACCAGAGCUAGCUCGGGGAGAUUUGUAUUUGUCCAUGAAAGGCAAUGAUUACCUACCUCCACCACACUGACAGGUGGAGUGGGGAACAUUGUGAAGGAGAGGCUGAAGUUUCUUUUAGUUGACUGUCAUGGACGAUAUCUAUUUGUUUUCUCUGCCUUUUGUAUUUGAUGAGAACUCAUGGUAUAGAAACAGAGGAGGAACAAAUAAAACUGUGGAAGAAGACUGCAGCUGCAGCAGCUGCACGGGAGAGCAUCUACAGACUGAGUGGGAGGCACAUCACAAGAGCACAUGUGGCCAGGAAUCGUGGCCAAGUUACCUUUUUAUCUGAAAUGAAAGUGACAAGCCCUGGAGAAGAUUUCGUUUCCUAUAAACCCUGGAUUUUCUACUAAGCCAGUGAUGUGGGGCUUCUUGUUAAAGACUCCAGACUCUUAUUAUGUCUCACAGCAAAGAGAAAUCCAUCGAAAGAUCGUUGCUUGUGAAGAAUAGCUUGGAGUGACAAGUCUGCAUCUGAGAAUGAGCCUCUGUGGGACCCCACCCUUCCACCCAGACUUUUAUUUAACUUGUUGGACCAGUUUAGGAACCCUGCCCUGCAUUCAUGAGAUCAAGGGACACAACUCACUCUUACUGUGUCAGAUGAAAAA